CCCAUUCACUUCCACUUUUGCCUCCUGGUUAUGCCCUGGUAUGGUCUGUAUGGUCUGUAUGGGUUGUCUAUUCCCCCUUUCAAGCUCCAUCCCGCUGGCCCAUUUGUUUCCGGUCCGCGCUACCGUGCACGCAAUCUCCCACUUGUACAUAAGAUAUCCCAUCUCUCGCUCUCCAUUUCGUUUUCUUUCUCUCUCUUCACUCAAGCAAGUUACUUCGAGCCUUACACCUGACCCACGGUCGUCCAUUCGUUGAAUACCAACUAAUUACCACUAUCUUUAAUACCAAACCUCCGCCAAUUACCACUAUUCUCUUUUCGAGUUCAAGUACCUCUUAAUCUUCAAAUCAAUCAAAAUGCGUGCCUCCAUUGCCAUCAUUGCUGCCGUUGCCGGCCUCGUCUCCGCCGCCCCUGGCUACGGUGCUUACCCCGCUGAGCCCGUCUCCUCCACCCCGGCUUACCCCGAGGUCUCCUCCACCCCCGUCUACCCGGUCUACCCCGUCGAGUCCAGCAGCGUCCCCGCCUACCCUGCUGAGUCUUCCAGCGCUCCCGCCUACCCCGGCUACCCUGCCGAGUCCAGCAGCGUUCCUUCUUACCCUGCUGAGUCCUCCAGCGCUCCCGCCUACCCUGGAUACCCCAGCAAGCCAUCCAGCACCCCCGCCUACCCUGUUGAGUCCAGCAGCAAGCCCAGCUACCCUGCUGAGUCUUCCGGUAAACCCUACCCCUCCGCUCCCGCCCCCGUCGAGUCUUCUUCGGUUUGCCUGACAACCUCUACCGUUACAGUCGUUGUCCCCUACCCCAGCAGCACCCCCGGAUACCCCUCCGGCCCUGCUCCCAGCGCUCCUGCUCCUUACCCCAGCGCUCCCGCUCCUAGCGCCCCUGCUCCUUACCCGAUCCCCUCCGGCACCGGUUACCCCGUUGUCCCAAUCGUCGGCACUGCCUCCAGCUCCGGUCCUAAUGCCAUUCACAGCUACAUCAAGCCCACUGCUCCUGCUGAGUUCACUGGCGCUGCCAGCCACGCCAAGGUCGGUGGCUUCGUCGCCGGUGUUGGUGCCUUCGCCGCUUUCUUCUUGUAA